AUGUUGUCCACUAAUUGUCCAUCAUGGAAUGCUGCAAGUGCUGUUAUUGACCAUAGUGAAAAGCAUAACGGGAAUAAACUUUUUUCGAAAUUAACAAAGUGUCAAAAGAGUCCGAAAUGUUACGGCAAUCACCCGAAUGGACCGAAAUCAUCCGAAGAUAUUAAAAGUGGUGAUAACAUGAUAAAACAUUUCAAUUUGUCGCCCAAUCAAAUUGUCAUUCAGAUUUGA